AUGGAGCGGCCCGCGGCGGAGCGCGUGCGGCCGCGGCCCCGGCCGCUGGAGCCCAUGGCGAAGACGGCCAUGACGCGGCGCAAAUCCAUGCGCAUGCACAGCCGGUUCACGAAGGGCGUCGUCGAGCCGAGCGACCUGAAGAUGGUCUUCGACGCCUUCGCCGCGGCGCCCGGGGGCCAGAUGGACCUGGCGACGUUCCGGGGGCUGCUCGGCGACCUGGGGCUGGGCAUGACGGACCACGAGGUCAACAACCUCUUCACGCAGCUCGGCGAGGACCUGGCGCUGGCGACGGGCGCGCGGUCCCUCGUCUCCGUCGACGACAGCGCGCUGCCGCGCGCGGCGUCGUCGUCGUCCCUCGGGAUGCUGUCGCCGCCUACGAGCCCGAAGACGCCACCGAGCGGCGGAUCCGCGGGGCCGGACUCGCCGCGGCGGCGCCGGAGCUUCGCCGACGCCCAGAAGGGCCUGCGGCGCGGCGCCGACGGCGACGCGCGCGUCAACGUCGACAUGUUCAUGGCGGGCAUCCGGCGCCACCACUUCCUCCGGCGCAUCGUCUCGCACUACACGUUCACGGAGCCGACGACGUGGGCCGUGCCCCGGGGCUACGACUACAACCGGUCGACGACGGAGAACUACGCCGCGCCCCUCGACGCGGGCUUCGUCGGCGAGCUCGUGGACAUCCGCGCGCGGCUCGACGCGGACUACCACGGCAACUACGGCCACGCGCGGCAGCUCUGGCAGGACGCGGCCGCGCACGCGGUGGGCCUGCCCGCGGGCCUCGACCUCAAUGCGCGCUGCGCGCCGAAGAUCGACCGGUCGUCGCCCAAGUCGGCGAGCAGCUCGCCGAAGCACGGCGAGUGCGCGGCGCCGAACCAGCACCCGUGGCUCGUCUUCACGUGCGGCGCGAUGGGCGCGGGCAAGGGCUGGGUCAUGAACUGGAUGUCGACGCUCGACAUCUUACCGUUGCGGUCCAUCGUCCACAUCGACCCGGACCGCUUCAAGCAGAUGAUGCCCGAGUGGGCCGGCCACGUGCGCCGCGACGCCGCGUCCGCGGGGACCCGGUGCCACAAGGAGAGCGGCCUCCUCGCGGAGCUCGCCCAGGAGCUGGCCAUGCGCCACCGCCUCCACGUCUGGGUCGACGGGUCCCUGCGGGACCACGGCUGGUACGAGCGCGAGUUCGACGAGCUCCGCGCGAAGCACCCGACGUACAAGAUCGCGCUCUUCUACGUCCACGCGAAGGAGGCGACGGUCCGCGCGCGCGUCAAGACGCGCGCGGCGCGCGUCGGCGAGCGGCACGUGCCCGAGCAGUCCCUCGCCGACUCCAUCGCCGCGCCGCCCCACGUGCUGCGGGCGCUGACGCCCAAGGUCGACUUCAGGGCAGCAAAAGAGUGCGAAAUUCCCAACUUCAAAGGCUCCUAUCUCGGCCGGUUUCCACUCGUCGACUUCGUCGCGCGCAUCGACAACGACGGCGACGCGCCGAUUUUGGAGGCCUUCGAGUCCGUGGACACGACGGGCUCCUGGAAGGUCGUCGCCCACAUGUUCGGCGGCACCUACGGCAUCCCCGCGCCGUCCGUGCCGCCGUCGCCGCGCGCGGCGGGCCGCACGCCGCCGGGCUCGCCGGGGAGCCCGCGGACGUCGCCAGGCGACCGCCGGCCCGCGCGGCCCCGGCCCGUCUUCAACAACCCCUUCGCGUCGUCCACGGGCGCCGACAGGUCGCCCCUCCACCGCGUCGCCUGCCCCGAGCCGCCGCCGUCGCCGGACCUCCGGCGGAAGACGGAGGACGCGGAGCGCCGCGGCACGCCGAAAGUGAAGGGCAGCGUCGCCAUGGACGUCUACGCCAACGGCAGCCGCACGUCGACGGCCCUCGUCCUCGACGGGUCCCGCGAGGAGAAGCCGCCCCAGAACUACGUCGCGUCCGUCGCCGAGGCCGAGCGCUUGAAGGGCCGCGUGGCCGAGCUCCAGACGGCCGUCGCCGCGCGCGACGCGAAGAUCGCCGACCUCGAGGCCGAGGUCGCGGGACUGCGGCGCCGCGAGGCCGAGGCGAUGAAGGACGCCCCCGCGGGCCGCUGCGCCCAGCAGUAA